AUGGUUUCAUCAUUAUCAACGGAAGGACCCAAUACGACUCGCAAAUUAGAAUCUCUCAUUGAAAAAUUCUUUUCAAAAUCCGAUCCCAAGGCAUCCAACACUGCUCAUAAACAUUCUAAUAAUUGGGUGGUACUGAUUGAUACAAGUAGAUUUUGGUUCAAUUACAGACAUGUUGCAAAUACUCUCUCCAUUUAUCAUAUCGUUAAAAACUUGGGUAUUCCCGAUUCACAAAUAUUAUUAAUGUUGGCCGAUGAUGUAGCAUGUAAUCCUAGAAAUAGAUUCCCAGGAGAAGUAUUCAAUAAUAAGAAUAGGCAGAAAAAUUUAUAUGGAGAAAAUGUGGAAGUCGAUUAUCGAGGAUAUGAAGUAACAGUUGAAAAUUUCUUUCGAGUACUUACAGGACGACAUCAUGAAGCUGUUCCUACAAGUAAACGAUUGAUGAGUGAUGAACAUAGUAAUGUUCUCUUAUUUAUGACUGGACACGGAGGUGAUGAAUUUUUCAAAUUUCAAGAUCAAGAGGAAAUUAACAGUGCAGACAUUGCAGAUGUGAUACAUCAAAUGUCUGAAAGAAGAAGAUUUAGAGAAAUGCUCAUGAUUGUAGAUACAUGUCAAGCUGGAUCUUUGUUUGACAAGUUAUAUACGCCAAAUGUGAUUGCAGUUGGAAGUAGCAAACGUGGAGAAAAUUCAUAUUCUCAUCAUUCUGAUUUGGAUAUUGGAGUUGCAGUUAUUGAUAGAUUUACUUAUUCUUCUUUGGAGUUCUUUGAAAACCGUGAUUUUAGACAUUACUCUCCAUCGUUGAGAAAUUGGUUCAACUCAUACACUGCCGAGUCAUUGCAUUCCACUCCAAACAUGCGUUAUGAUCUCUAUCCAAGAAAUCUGGAUACAGUACCCAUUACAGACUUCUUCGGUUCUGAUAUUAAAAUUGAAUUCCAAGAUGAGCAAUAUCCAAGAGGAAAUGCAACACUUCUUUCCAGUUAUAAACCAGUUCACACCAAUGAGGAAUACAAAAUUGCUUUCCCAUCAUCAAAUGACACAGCGGUAGAAGCCCAAGAAACAGAAGUCACUUUUGAGAAUAAUCUGUCCAUUGUAAAUAAGAACAUUAUUGCAUUGUUUAUUUUUGGAGUGUUAAUUUGCUUAUUUUUGAAAUAA